AUGCCGAUUGAUAUCAACAAGCUUCGCGCAGAAAAGGGCGGCGACCCGGAGGCUGUCCGAGCUUCUGAGCAGAAGAGGUAUCGGAACUCCGAUACUGUGGGCAAUGCUGUAGAGCUGGAUCAGCAGUGGCGGAAGGAUAUGUUCGCUCUUGACAAGCUCCGUGAGGAACUAGGCAAGGUAGUGAGGGUAUCUUCAGGUUGA